AUGGUGAAGAAGCAAGAAGCGGAAGUUGAAAAGUUUUCCAGGAAGCUGAAGCUGAAGUUGAAGAGGGAGCCUAUCCAAAGCACGAAAGAGUCUUUUGCCAACAAGAUGGCAACUCCACCUCCACUUCCUCCAGCAGUGGCAACUCCACCUUCAUUUUCCCCAUCAAUGGAAACUCCACCCGCAUUUCCUCCACCAAUGCCAAAUCCACCUUCACUUUAUCCACCAUCAUUGACUCCACCUUCUACUGCUCCACCUUCACUUUAUCCACCAGUGACAACUCCAUUUGUAUUCCUUGCAUCUGCAUUCAAUGGUUUUCUGUCACGAGGUAGUGCAGUCGAGACAUUAUAA